UAAAACCUCACAAGCAAAAGAGAAAAGUGCUGCCCGUGAUUGUCCAAUGUUCGAUGGUCAUAGCCUCACAAGUGCUCCGGAUCGUCUCUGUGUCCUGGACUGCAUAUUCGAAAUCGAUCGGGUUUCGUUGGGAUCGGGCUCUGUUCCUUGAAUCGUCUCUUUGAUCGGAGACGGAGACGAUCCUUCAGCAGCUGAUUCCUGCGGGUUCCGGUUUGGGGCUGUUCUUCGAGUGCGAUUCAUCAAACGGCGACUUUAGACGAUGACCCGGAGGCCCAGCACCUGCGCCAUCUGUGAAAAUUUGAAUCUCGCUUCUAUUUGCACGGCAUGCGUCAACUACAGGCUGAAUGAGUACAACAAUGGUCUGAAAUCACUUAAAAGCCGUCGGGACGACCUAUAUUCGAGAUUGAGCGAAGUGCUCGUGGCAAAGGGCAAGGCAGAUGAUCAAUUUAAUUGGAGAGUGACCCAGAAUGAGAAACUUGCAAAGUUGAGGGAAAAGCUUUGUCGCAAGAAAGAACAACUCGUUCAAGGGAAGGCUAAGGUUGAGAGACUGUCAAACGAAUUGAAGGCAAAGUAUGGGGUACUGGAUUCUGCACUAUCCAAGUUGGAUAGGAAUCGUGUGGAACAACUGGAGAAGUUCUAUCCUAACCUAAUAUGCACACAGACCUUGGGACUUAUGGCUAUUACCUCAGAGCGCCUUCAUAAACAGUCUGUGGUCAUAAAACAGAUAUGCAAAUUGUUCCCCCAACGUCGAGUGAAUGUGGAUGGGGAAAGGAAAGAUGGAUCCGUUGGUCAAUUUGAUCAAAUUUGCAAUGCACGUUUACCUAGAGGACUAGAUCCCCACUCUGUUCCUUCGGAGGAGCUUGGUGCUUCGUUGGGAUACAUGGUUCAACUUCUUAAUAUUGUUGUCCAGAUAUUGGCUGCGCCAGCACUUCACAACUCAGGUUUUGCGGGUUCUUGCUCUCGAAUUUGGCAACGAGAUUCUUAUUGGGAUGCUCGUCCAUCUUCUCGGAGCAAUGAAUAUCCCCUUUUCAUACCACGCCAAAACUAUUGUUCAACUAGUGGAGAAAAUUCGUGGUCAGACAGAAGCUCUAGCAAUUUCGGUGUUGCUUCAAUGGAGUCAGAGAGAAAGCCACAGCUUGAUUCUUGUAGAAGUGGCAGUUUUAAUUAUUCUUCUGCUUCUCCUCAUUCUGUUGAAACACACAAGGAUUUGCAGAGAGGAAUAUCCCUUUUGAAGAAAAGUGUGGCAUGCAUCACAACAUACUGCUACAAUUCUCUCUGUUUAGAUGUCCCUUCUGAGGCAUCUACUUUCGAGGCAUUUGCUAGAUUAUUGAGCAUACUCUCUUCUUCGAAGGAAGUUCGCUCUGUAUUUUCUCUGAAAAUGGCUUGUUCCAGAUCAAGUAAGCAAGUUCAACAGUUAAAUAAGUCUGUGUGGAACGUGAACUCAGCUAUCGCAUCAAGCACUUUAUUGGAAAGUGCACAUGCACUUCCUGUUGUGAAAAACAUUGGCGAUGCCAAUCUUCCGAAUUCAGCUGCCAGCUUUCUUUAUGCUACUGAUUUAUCAGAGAUAGGAAAGAACGAGUUUCUUAUUGAUGGAUGGGAUUUAGUGGAGCAUCCUACUUUUCCUCCGCCGCCAUCGCAAAAUGAGGAUGUCGAACAUUGGACCCGAGCAAUGUUUAUUGAUGUCCCAAAGAAAUGAUUUGGCGACCGAACAACCUUCCUACUUUGUAUUUCUUUUCUUGUUUCUGUCAGACCUAGCUCUGCUGCUCUCUUAUAAGGGUUUUGGGAUCUUCUCUUUGCAGUUGGCAGGUUCGUCGAAGAGAGGGUAUUCAAAAAAGUUACUUGCUCAAGGCAGGGAAGGAGCAUUGCUGUUGUAAAUAUGUCGGGAUGGGGAUUAGGUGUUGACAUGUAUAUAGAAAAGGGCUGUCUUUAGUCGCUAAUUUGGUUGUAGAGUUUGUUCUCGUCUGUCAGGCCAUGUUAUGACUUUGGCAGAUACCAACUAGACUACACCUUGAAGAUGUACAUUCCCUGCAGGAAGGACUAAA